AUGCAGAAGGUUGUAGUGAUUGUUGGAGCAGGGCCUUCUGGCCUUGCAACUGCUGCAUGCUUAUCAGCUCAUUCCAUUCCCCAUGUCAUCCUUGAAAAGGAGGAUAUUUAUGCUUCUCUUUGGAAGAAAAGAGCUUAUGAUCGCUUGAAACUCCAUUUAGCCAAAGAAUUUUGCUCCCUUCCCUUCAAGCCCCUCUCACCAGAUAGCCCUACCUACAUACCAAAAGACAUGUUUGUCAACUAUCUGGAUGAAUAUGUCUCAACAUUCAACAUCCAACCUCAAUAUCAUCGAUCUGUUGAAUCGGCUUGGUAUGAUGAAGUUGAUGGGAAAUGGCGAAUCGACGCCAAGAACAUGCAAUCAGGGGAUGUGGAAGUUUAUGUUGCUGAGUUUUUGGUGAUUGCUUCAGGCGAAAACAGCGCCAAGUACAUUCCAGAGCUGCCAGGGUUAGGUACCUUUAAGGGGGAAAUCAUCCAUUCCAAUGAGUAUAAAUCCGGUGCAAAAUAUGAAAACAUGGAUGUUUUGGUUGUUGGAUGCGGUAAUUCGGGUAUGGAGAUAUCUUAUGACCUCUCAAAUUUUGGAGCUCAUACUUCGAUUGUUAUCAGAAAUCCUUUUCAUGUGGUAAGCAAAGAAAUGGUGCGACUAGGGAUGAUAUUCUACAAGUACAUCCCACUUUUUGUGGUGGAUUUCUUGAUCGUACUGAUGUCAAAAAUGGUAUAUGGCGAUCUAUCCAAGUAUGGAAUCCGUCGGCCAAAGAAAGGUCCUUUCUUUCUCAAAGAAACCACGGGAAGAGCUCCUGUAAUUGAUGUUGGAACCGUCCACAAGAUCAAGUCUAAAGAGAUAAAGGUUGUUCCAGCCAUAUCAAGCAUUUACGGGAAGAAGGUGUUGUUUGAGGAUGGUGGUGAGAGAGAGUUUGAUGCUAUAGUUUUUGCAACUGGCUAUAGAAGCAUAGCUAAUAAUUGGCUGAAGGAUUUUAAAUAUGUUCUCAAUGAAAAUGGGAUGCCUAAAACUGAUUUCCCACACCAUUGGAAAGGAGAAAAGAACCUGUAUUGUUGUGGAUUAUCAAGGAGGGGACUGUUUGGUGUGUCAAUGGAUGCAAAGGCCAUUGCUGAUGACAUUAAGAGGGUUAUAAGUGAAAAAAUGGAGAAGUGA